CCUCGUCUUGACUUGAUUCCCCUCACUCCUUCGUUUCGAAUUCUCGCGCUUCGUCGUCGUCAUCGUCAAGCGUUGCUUUGCCUUGCCUGCUUAUAUAGUAGCUCCGGAUCCCGUCAGACACGAAGCUUCUGCUGCUUGAGCAAAAGCCGGACCCUCACCCCCUCCCCCCCUGCAACUCCCCCCGGCACGAGCAAAGCUCUCUUUUCAACAGCUUUAAUCUCCUCCGCGUCUGUCUCUUCCUCUGUUCCCUCUCGCUCCAUCAUCCCCUAGGCCAUCCGCCGCAGCAAACAACCCCCAACAACCCUCAACAUGACGGACUGGACUGGCCCGGGCGUUAUGCCCUUGACCCAGGUGCGCAAGCCGCCCUUCACUGUCGAAGCUUCCGGGUACGAAAAGGUCCCUGGUGAGACGAUCCCGCGUCGCCACCCAUUGGCCAAGGACGGCCUGCUCACCAAACCUCACGAUGACGUACAUACCGUCUUCGACAUUGUCCGCCGCAGCGCCCGCGAGUAUCCCAACCACCUUGCCGUGGGCCACCGGAGGCUCAUUGAGCUGCACAAGGAGAUCAAGAAGGUCCCCAAGAACAUCGAUGGCCAGAUUGUCGAGGUGGACAAGGAGUGGCAGUUCUUCGAACUGAGCAAGUUCGACUUCCUGACCUUCAAGGAGUACGAGAAGCUCGUUCUGCAGCUGGCUUCCGGCCUGCGCAAGCUGGGCUUUGGCGAGUCUCAGAAGCUGCACCUUUUCGGCACAACCAGUGUGAACUGGAUCUCCAUGUCCCAUGCCUGUGCCUCCCAAUCCAUCUCCAUCGUCACUGCCUACGACACCCUCGGCGAGAGCGGCGUCGAGCACUCGCUCGUCCAGACCGAUGCGGAGGCCAUGUAUGUCGACCCUCACUUGCUCAAGACGGCCGCCGGCCCCAUUCGCAAGUCAAAGGUCAAGACUGUCAUCGUCAACGAGGACAGCAUCUUCACCGUUGGCGGCGAGAUCGAAGCCUACAAGAAAGAGAACCCGGAUAUCCGCGUCGUAACGUGGGAGGAACUCCGCAAGCUCGGCGAGGAGAACAUGGUUGAGCCUAACCCCGGCAAGCCCGAGGACGUCUUCUGCGUCAUGUAUACCUCUGGUUCCACUGGUCUUCCCAAGGGUGCUUGCAUCACCCAUGAGGCGCUUGUUGCGGGAGUUACGGGCCUCCUCGCGUCUGUCGGCGAGACCGUUAGCGACAAGGAGGUUGUUCUCGCCUACCUUCCUCUUGCGCACAUUUUCGAAAUGGCUCUCGAGAACCUCGUCAUGUCCAUUGGUGGCUGCCUAGGAUACGGAAACCCCAGGACUCUUUCAGAUACCUCCAUGAAGAACUGCGCUGGUGACAUGCGGGAGCUGCGGCCAACCGUCAUGGUUGGUGUCCCCCAGGUGUGGGAGACCGUCAAGAAGGGAGUCAUGGCAAAGCUGGAAUCUUCUAGCCCCGUUCUCAAGUCGCUCUUCUGGGGAGCUUUCAGCUACAAGAGCUUCAUGUCGCGCAACAAGCUUCCGCUUGCCAGCAUCUUCGACCCCAUUGUCUUUAGUAAAGUUCGACAGCUGACUGGAGGCCGACUUCGUUUUACCAUGAACGGUGCCAGUGGCAUUUCGGACAGCACCAAGCACUUCCUAUCCCUAGUUCUCGCCCCCAUGUUGGCUGGUUAUGGCUUGACCGAAACCUGCGCCAACGGCUCAUUGGGAAACCCGCUCGAGUACAGUGCCAAUGCCAUUGGCCCCGUUUCUGGUGCCAUUGAAGUGAAGCUCGUUUCCAUUCCUGAAAUCGGAUACUCUACCGAUGCCAAGGUCCCGCAAGGUGAGAUUUGGAUGAGGGGUCUCCCCAUCAUGAAGGAGUAUUACAACAACCCAGAAGAGACUGCCAAGGCUCUCACCCCCGAUGGUUGGUUCAAGACCGGUGAUAUUGGCGAGUUCGAUGCCGAUGGCCACCUGCGCGUCAUUGAUCGAGUCAAGAACCUUGUGAAGAUGCAGGGUGGCGAGUACAUUGCCCUGGAGAAGCUGGAGGCUGUUUACCGAGGAUCCCAGCUCGUGGCCAAUCUCAUGAUCCAUGCAGACCCCGAGCACAACCGCCCCAUUGCCAUCAUCAUGGCCAAUGAGAAGGUUCUGGCUGACAAGGCGGCGGAGCUUGGCGUUGACGAGCACAGCAUGCACCAUGACCCCAAGGUUCAGGCGGCAGUUCUCAAGGACCUGCAAGUUACCGCCAAGCGAUCUGGCCUGUCUGGUUUGGAGACGGUUGGCGGCGUCGUUGUUACUGAUGCGGAGUGGACCCCCAACAGCGGCCUGGUUACUGCUACACAGAAGCUCAACAGGAAAGUCAUCCGGGAGGCUUUUAAGCAGCAGAUCGACGAGUGCUUGAAGCACGCCCCUUAAAUCUUCUCCAUAAGCACAGCCUUUUUGUGUAUCUUUUUAUUUUACCCUCUUAUCUUUUCAUGUGCUGAAGAUGGCGAGAAGAGGCUAAGAGAUGGGGGUGAAGAGAUGGGGGUGAAGAGAUGGGGGGUGACGAGGUGUGUGGCUUGGUGUAAAUGGGAUUGAGGAAAGAGGGUGGGAUGAUGAUGAUACCGCCGUUGUGAUUCAGGCCAUGUAGCACGACGUGAUUUAAUUUGCCUUUAUUGUUACUGCUCUUGGGACGUGGGCCUAAUUAAUGACAUUUAUACCACUUUUUUAUCUCUAAUGCUGCUUGCGAGUUGUUGCUCUCGCUCGCCCA